AUGGUGUCUGCUGGGAUACAGAUUCUGGGUGCAGCUCUGGGGAUCCUGGGCUGGAUCGGCGCCAUCAUCGUGUGUGCCCUUCCCAUGUGGAAGGUCACUGCUUUUAUCGGCAGCAACAUUGUGACCGCGCAAACCUCAUGGGAAGGUAUUUGGAUGACCUGUGUGGUCCAGAGCACAGGCCAGAUGCAGUGUAAGGUCUACGACUCCAUGCUGGCCCUCAGCUCUGACCUCCAGGCUGCCCGGGCCCUGACCAUCAUCUCCAUCGUGGUGGGCAUCCUAGCUAUCCUGCUCAGCGUAGCCGGGGGGCAGUGCACCAACUGUGUGGAGGAUAAAUCGUCCAAGACGAAGGUGGGCAUUGCAGCUGGAGUUAUGUUCAUCAUAGCUGGGGUCCUCUGCCUCGUCCCUGUCUGCUGGACGGCCCACACAAUCAUCCGAAACUUCUACAACCCGCUGAUGGUCAGCGCCCAGAAGAGAGAUGGCAUCAUCAUGGUUUCUCAGGGUCUCCAGAUCAUGGGUGUGCUGCUGGCCUUCAUCGGCUGGCUGGGCACCAUCAUCACCUGCGCCAUGCCCAUGUGGAGAGUCACCGCUUUUGUCGGGGCAAACAUCGUCACCGCCCAGGUGAUCUGGGAAGGCUUGUGGAUGAACUGCGUGGUCCAGAGCACGGGCCAGAUGCAGUGUAAGGUGUACGACUCCAUGCUUGCUCUACCUCAAGACCUGCAGGCCGCCAGGGCCAUGGUGGUCAUCGCUGUGAUCGUCGGGGUGUUCGGCGUCCUCAUGGCCGUGGUUGGAGGAAAGUGCACCAACUGCAUGGAGGACGAAGUGGCCAAAGCCAAAGCCUGCAUUGUGUCCGGAGUGAUCUUCAUAAUAGCAGCCUUGCUGAUAAUGAUCCCAGUAUCGUGGUCUGCUCACGCAGUGAUCAGGGACUUUUAUAACCCCAUGGUGAUUGCGGCUCAGAGGAGGGAGCUCGGAGCUGCACUUUAUAUUGGCUGGGGGUCGGCUGGGCUGCUGCUGCUGGGAGGAGGCCUGCUCUGUAACAACUGCCCCCCAAAGGACGGCACAAGACCCUACAUACCUGCCAAGUUCGUCCCUGUGAGAACCGCAUCUUCAAAUGUUGACUAUGUGUGA